AUGUGCUCACUAAAUAAUUGGAAGUCCGCCACCUCUCGGAGUAUUGCGCAUGGCACGGCGUUUCUGGCUGAGAUUAAAGCACUGGAGUUGGGGAUGUUACACACGUUACAACUUGGCUAUAGAACUAUUAUUUGUUACUCAGAUUGUGCUGGUCUGGUCUCAGUGCUCAACUCCGGUCAGGAUAUUAGCUCCUUCUGGGACCGUGACAUCCUUAGGAGGGUUUUGGACCUAAUGGCAUCAUUUGAUAAUUGCACUGUGGCUCAUGUGGCGCGGGAGAAGAAUAACACGGCGGACACCCUUGCUCGUGAGGCGGCGAAGUCUGGUUCCGCAUCCCAAGUCUGGAACGUACCACCUUCGUUUGUGUCUACGUCUCUGUUUUUGGAUGCUAGCUAG